AAAUGCAGCUGCCCAGGCUAGUAGAUCACACCCGAAGGUUUCCAGGAAUCUUCACUUUUUCGGUUGGAAGUAGUGGAAGGGUCACAGGCCAAGCGCUAAGGCCUAAGCAGUGACAACCGAGGCAAGAUGAUGGUCAACUGGAAAUGCCUCGAAGGAGAAAAAAGACAAUUUUAUUUUCAGUGCUGAUUUUGAGAUGAUGGGCUUGGGAAACGGGCGUCGCAGCAUGAAGUCGCCGCCCCUCGUGCUGGCUGCCCUGGUGGCCUGCGUCAUCGUCUUGGGCUUCAACUACUGGAUUGCUAGCUCCCGGAGCGUGGAUCUCCAGACGCGGAUCAUGGAGCUGGAAGGCAGGGUCCGUAGGGCAGCCGCAGAGAGAGGUGCCGUGGAACUGAAGAAGAACGAGUUCCAGGGAGAGCUGGAGAAGCAGCGGGAGCAGCUUGACAAAAUCCAGUCCAGCCACAACUUCCAGCUGGAGAGUGUCAACAAGCUGUACCAGGACGAAAAGGCGGUUUUGGUGAAUAACAUCACCACAGGUGAGAGGCUCAUCCGAGUGCUGCAAGACCAGCUAAAGACCCUGCAGAGGAAUUACGGCAGGCUGCAGCAGGAUGUCCUCCAGUUUCAGAAGAACCAGACCAACCUAGAGAGGAAGUUCUCCUACGACCUGAGCCAAUGCAUCAAUCAGAUGAAGGAGGUGAAGGAACAGUGUGAGGAGCGAAUAGAAGAGGUCACCAAAAAGGGGAACGAAGCUGUAGCUUCCAGAGACCUGAGUGAAAACAAUGACCAGAGUCAGCAGCUCCACGACCUCAGCAAGCCUCAGCCCAGGCUGCAGGCGGCAGGCCUGCCACGCACAGAGGUGCCACAAGGGAAAGGAAAGAUGCCCAGCAACAGCAAGUCCCAGACACCAGCCCCCAGUUCCGAAGUGGCUGUGGAUUCCAAGAGACAAGCUGAGAAAGAGGAAGCCAAUGAGAUCCAGGUGGUGAGUGAGGAAGAGCCUCAGAGGGACAGGCUGCAGCUGCCGCAGGAGCCAGGCCGGGAGCAGGUGGCAGAAGACAGACCUGUGGGCAGAAGAGGCUUCGGGGGAACCAGAGAACUGGGCCAGACCCCACAGGUGGCAGCUGCCCUGUCGGUGAGCCAGGAAAAUCAGGAGGCUGAGGGCCCUGAGCGAGACCAGCUUGUCAUCCCCGAUGGACAGGAGGAGGAGCAGGAAGCUGCCGAGGAAGGGAGAAACCAGCAAAAACUGAGAGCAGAAGAUGACUACAACAUGGAUGAAAAUGAGGCAGAAUCUGAAACAGACAAGCAGGCAGCCCUGGCAGGGAAUGACAGAAACAUAGAUGUAUGUCAAAGAGCCCAAGCCAGCCAGGUGCGGUGGGUCACGCCUGUAAUCCCAGCACUUUGGGAGGCUGAGUUUUUAAUGAAGAUCAGAAAAGAGACACCAUAAAUUUACUUGAUCAGCAUGAAAAGCGAAAUCAUACGCUCUGAAUUGAAUUGGAAUCACGUAUUUCACAUCAGGACUGAAGAGAUGACUACAAAAUGUUCAUGAGGGACUGAACACUUAAAACUGUGAAAUAGUACUAAAAUGUACAUCUAAAGAUGAUUAUUGUGAAAUUUUAGUAUGUACUUUGUGUAGGACAAAUGGAAUGGUCUUUUAAACAGCUUUUGGGGGGUACUUCUGAAGUGUCUAAUAAGAUGUAACAAUUUUUGAUAAUAGGUAUUUUAUGAGAAGAUCAACACCAAAAAUGGAACAUAGUUCUUCAAGUGUUGGCGACAGUAGGGCUUCCUGAUUCUGGAAUGUAACUUUGUGGAAAUUAACAGCCACGUAUAGGAAGAGUCCAUCUGCUGUGAAGGAGAGACACAGAACUCUGUCUGAGUUAACCUCUGGCAUCGUCCCGUCCACAUGCUGUGCUGAGUGCUGGUGCCAGCCUGUUAUCUGUUCUCACUUAGAGACUGACUGGCUUAUGCUCUUGUGCAGUCAGUUCAGAUGCUGACAAUCAAUGGCUUCGAGCACUGACUGUUAACACAAAUGUCAGUAGCAAACUAGCAACAGCUUUAAGUCUAAAUACAAAGCUGUUUCGUGAGAAUUUUUUAAAACAUUACUUGUAUAAUAACCCUUGUCAUUUUUAAUGUGCAAAACACUACUAAGCCGGCUUACAAUUUGAAAUUUGUGGUCUGUAUUUACUUUUUGCUUCAUGUAUGUGGGCAAAGCAACAUCUCUAAAUAUAUUACCAAGAAAAGCAAGGAGCAGAUUAGACUUGAAAAAACAGAUGAAAAGCCGGCUGACCUGGAGCAGAGCAUAGUGAGAGGCCAGAGGCACGGCACGAGAGGGCAAGUUUGUUGUGGACAGAUCCAUGCCUACUUUAUUACUGGAGUCAAAGAAAACGAAGUUCAUUGAUGUUGAAAGGAUAUAUACAGUGUUAGAAAUUGGAACUGUUUAGAAAAACAUGAGAAAUGCAAUGGUUUUUGUCAGUGUACACAUUUAGCUUGUGGUAAAUGACUCACAAAACUGAUUUUAAAAUCAAGUUAAUGUAAAUUUUGAGAAUGACUAAUUCCUUAUUCACAGUAACAAUGGCAUUAAGGUUUGACUUGAGUUGGUUCUUAGGAUUUAUGGUAAAUAUGCUCUUACCACUUGCAAAUAAGCUGGCCUUGUCAUUAAUGACUGACUUUCAGUAAGGCUCUCUAAGGGGUAAGUGGGAGGAUCCACAGGAUUUGAGAUGCUGAGGCCUAAGAGAUCCUUUGAUCUAACCCUCUUAUUUUCAGAGGGGAAAAUGGGGCCUAAGGUGUGCUGGCAUCCCUGGCCUCACACUCCCAAGUAGCUGGGACUAUAGGCACAAAGUCACUGAAGCAGGCCCUGUUUGCAAUUCAUGUCGUCACCUCCAGCUUGAACAUUCUUCAUGUGUAUGUCCUUUUAACCCAGUCACUAAGGUUAAACUUUCCCACCCAGAAAAGGCAACUUCUUAGAUAAAAUCUUACUUUCAUACCCUUCUAGGUCCUUUUCCAACCUCACUUUGAGUUCCUCUUGGGGUUGAUAGGAAUUCUCUCUUGCUUUCUCAAUAAAGUCUCUAUUCAUCUCAUGUUUAAUUUGUAUGCAUAGAAUUGCUAAGAAAUAAAACAUCCUGUUCAACUUUUAAAA